GUUGUGCAGAGCUGACCAAACAACAGGCACCCACGGCAGAAUUCCGGCUGCCCCCACAUUGAGCAUGGUGGCACGCCUCCGACAGCGAGAACUACCUUUCUAUCGCAGGUGGAAAGUACAAGUCGUUUUUGCUUUCUUGAUCCUCCACUUCCUUCUCUACCUCUACAUUUGCACCACUUUUCGAAGUGUCAAGUGCUUUCGCCGCUGAGCCAUCGAAUCGAGCUUCACCGCGCCGCUUGCUGCCCGCUGUUCGCCCCACCACCCGACUCACUGCGCCCAACGCGACUUUCGCAAUCGCCCUCCUCUCACACGCGACCUCAAACGUCUUUCCCAACUUCGGACGUCUGCCUAAACAAUACCGCCAAGAUGAUGAAAAUAUGGUCCAUGAAGAAGAAGCAGGCGGAAGAUGACGCCGCAGCCGCAGCGACAAGCAAGAAGAAGAAGGUCACACCCGCCCAGCUGCGCGCCCAGAAAGAUCUUGAAGAGCUCUCUCUCGGCACAACCAUGAAGACACAUUUCCCCAACCCCGACGACAUCCUGAAUUUCACACUCACCAUCGACCCCGACGAGGGCAUGUACAAAGGCGGCCGCUUCAACUUCAGUUUCGCCAUCAACCAGAACUUCCCCCACGACCCACCAAAAGUGAAGUGCACGCAGAAGAUCUACCACCCCAACAUCGACCUCGAGGGCAACGUGUGCCUGAACAUUUUGCGCGAGGACUGGAAACCCGUGCUGAACCUGAACGCGGUAGUUGUCGGGCUGCAGUUCCUAUUCCUCGAGCCGAACGCAAGCGACCCGCUGAACAAGGAGGCGGCAGAGGAUCUGAAGGUCAACAGGGAAGGGUUCAAGAGGAAUGUUAGGAGUAGUUUGGGUGGAGGGACGGUGCGGGGACAGAGUUUCGAUCGCGUGCUCAAGUGAGUGGCUGAUCGAGCUGUCGACUGGCACGAGAAAGACAAUCAUGAGCAGAGAGCAAUUCGCGGCUCUGUGUCAUGUUCGGCGGAAGUGACAUUGGCACACUCAUAUGUGCUUAUGCAUGCGCUGACAUGAAGGAGGAUGGAUGGAUGGACGUUGAUGGGUCACACAACAUACUACGACUUUAGAGCGAGCAUCUAAGAAUCGGCAUACUUUCGAGCGCGGCGUUGAUUUGUAGGUUGCUUUGCGAAUGGAAACGAACACCACAACGAGACAUUUUGUUGUGCGCAUAUUUGACAUGACGCCGUUUAUCUAAC